AUGCUGGAAGCAUGUUCGGUUUCUUCUUGGGAUGACAAUGAUACCAUACCCUUAGGUGUCGUAACUGUACAUGUCCGCCCACCGUCACCAUCAACAGUAGAACUUGACACACCAGGCACACGUUGGCAAUACCUUGACAUGGACGUGCUGCAUCAACUUGAAGCUCACGAACAAGGGUGUAUUGUACCAAUCUUACGGUCUUUGGUGGAGAAACGAGCUGCCAAGGUGGCUUUGGAGCAAGACGUCUUCGCUCUUUGGGUCGCAGGCAUGUAUCAGGGCUCACUACAUGUUCGUGUUUUUGCGGUGCCAGAGAGCACGCCUCUACCGCCUCCUAGGGAGCGACAGGUUUCAGAGGCUGCCUAUGAAUGGACUAAAAUAUUGCCAAAAACAUGUACAGACGCAGCUGCAUGGCAUGCUAUGAGCCGCGACAUGGAUACGAAUGGAAACGACUGGCCGUUUUGGCAGGAAGAUGCACGAUAUUGGACGUUGGCUGAGCUAUACAGGCAGCUCCCCAGUCCUCCUAUUGUUUUAUCUUACAUGCAUGGUAAAAGUUUGCUAGCACCUGCUGGCCUACGAUGUACGCUUUAUGCCUAUCAAGAAAGGUCGUUGGCAAAACUUCUCCAGCGGGAAUUGUGGCCAGGAACUUAUACUAAUCCAUACCUUCUAAGCUGUGAAUCACCAUGUGUAUUACCGCACGGUGAUAACAUGUAUGCCUUUGAUCCGGAGUGCUUUACGUUCUAUCGCUGGCCCGAUAUACCUGUGUAUCCUGACGUACGUGGUGGCAUUUUGUGUGAUGAAAUGGGUGCUGGAAAAACGCUUGUUUGUCUCGCAUUGAUUCUUGCUACUCUGGAACAAAUAUCCAGUCCUGAUCAUGAUUCUAUCAUGAGCUGUACAACCAGUGAAAUGGCCAUGCAGUUCCCGGAUGAAAAGUACCAAGACAAAGACCCAGCUGCGGGUAUAAUGGGUCGCAUUGUGACAGCUCCUUUUGGUGCUCCCAGCCCAGGUGAACGUCUCGGACGUCGCCCAAUAACACAUAUACCCAAAUCAGAGUCGCCCACAUUCCACAGAAGUCGCCCAAUGGCCGGCUCUGUGUCGCUUGCCAAGAUAGCGGCACAUCGACUUCGCACUACAAAUGCUUGUCGUCCUGAUCUGCUUGACACUUUGCCUAGCCAGAUUCGAGCUAUACUUGGCAAGGACUCUGCGCCGUUCGGUCUUCUAUGGCCGCCUCUUCCUCAUCGCGUCUCGCGCGUCAAUCAUAAUCGCACACCCCUACGAGUUUAUCUUACAUGUGCUACACUUGUAUUAGUACCGCCGACUCUUAUUAUGCAAUGGCUUGAUGAAAUGGAGAAGCAUUGUGAGCCCCAAUUGCUACGUGUACUUUGUAUAUCAGACAUCGGUUCAGAGAUACCUGCUGCUUCCCAGUUGUCGCAAGAUUACGAUGUCGUCCUCAUGACACAUGCUCGAUUUGGAAAGGAGGCAGGAGACGAUCAAAGCAUACGAUCUGACCUUGAUAAGUCGCCCUUAAUGCAAGUAUAUUGGAAACGCCUCAUCAUUGACGAAGGAGACAUGGUUGCCGGCGAUUCGCUUUUAGUAAGGCUCUGCACCUAUCUUCAUGUGGAACGUCGCUGGAUUGUGACUGGCACUCCUACGCAGGCCUUGGUUGGUGCUAGUGCUUUGCACGUAGUGGGAGAUGGUUCUGGAGUUCCGACUCACACCAAGGAGAUGAACUGGUCAGCAUCAGAUCGCAAAAAUCUCGACAAACUCAAGCAUUUACUUGUGCGUUUUCUUCGUUUGCAACCCAUGUACGGGUCUCAUCUCAAUACGCAUUCAGCGACCAAUGCAUCAAAUCUGCCGUCAUUCAAGGAACGUGAUUGGAUCACACUUAUGGGUUCGGGCAUCAAUGAUAUGGGAGAAUGGCCAGCUAAAAGGCGUCUUUACAAUAUGCUCUCGCGCCUUAUGGUCAGAAAUCGUGCAAAAGAUGUGGAACAUGAGUGUCCUCUACCGCCGCUGGAACGGCGCAUAGUGUCUCUAUCCAUGUCGUCUCUUGAAUGCAUGACAUACAAUGUGCUGCAGUUACUCAUAAUGCUUAACGCAGCUCUAUCACAGGAAAAGGACAAGGAUUACUAUUUUCAUACGGGCAAUAAAAAGACCUUGGCUUCUGUCAUGGAAAAUGUAGCAAUGGCUUGCUUUCAUUUCGCUGGGUUUGAAUUUCUGCGACAGGUUCAACGGGCGCAUGACCAUAUUUUGCAGCAACUCAACAAACCGCACGGUGUCGCUGAGCAGUUCAAGCAAGAGGCAGUCGAGGCGCUGUAUCAGAUUUCUGCGGCACUGCAAGAUCAAACUUGGCGUGAGCAUGUCCAGCAGGGUGAUGUGUUGUAUAAAGCAGAGCAUCCAGAAGAACGCUUGCUCUUAUCAUGGAGCAGGCGCGGUUCAAUUUGGCUCACGUCAGAAGAAUUACUAUUUUUACGCAAUGAAUAUUACAAAAAAUCGGCUCAUGUACUUGACGCAAGAGGCCUAUUUGAGGAGCUUUUGAGGUGUGGUGCUCAGUAUAAACAUCGAAAAACGGGCUGCACUGUAUCUUCUGCCACGCACAGAUCACCCAAAACCAUAAGUACGCCCAAGCGUAAUGAGCCUUUUUUAAGCGAACCUUCACGAGUGCCAGCUUUACCUGCUGCAUUCGACGAUGUACUCGUGCAUACGUCCACGUCCACCAAACUAAAUGGCAUAUUGCAAGAAAUUUUGGAAGCUGUGCCUGGUGAAAAAGUACUCGUGUUUUCAACCCUCCAUCAAGUGCUUAAUGAAAUCGCCAAGGCAUUGGAACUAUGCAGAGUGCCUUUUCUCAUUUACGUAUCGGGGAUGCCGCAACAUCUUCGAAAUACGUACGUCAAUGCAUUUACGCACGAGUCACAGUUUAGAUGCUUACUCAUGUCGACAGCCAUCGGAGGAAGUGGCUUAGACCUGCAUUGUGCGAGUCGCAUUAUUUUGACUGAGCCCAUCUGGCAGUGGGAUCUAGAAAGUCAGGCAGUGAAACGAGCGUGGCGCAUAGGCCAGACUCGACGUGUGCUUGUAUCUACUUAUGUUAUGCGGCAUACUUAUGAAGAACGCGUUAUUGAGCGGAAAAAAGCGCGAUUUCUGAAUGGCACCGAUGCAGCAGAGCAACUUCAAACAUUGACCGAUGACCCGGGUAUGCGCGAGUUUUUGGCCCGUCCCCAUCUUGUACAGGCACCCUCUAAAAAGCGUGAAAUAACAUGGACGCGACCCUUACUCGGUGACCCAGCGAAGCUUUCCUUUGUGCACGCAUCCAAACGGGCUAGACAUACAUGA